ACUACUCGUGUCCGCAGCUGCAAUAACAACAGGAAUACCUUGAACUGCAAGAGGUCGACUCAGAGGUGUGAACAGAUCAUGCAAACACAGUGAGAACACAGUGUUAAAUUCCUGGGCAAUUUCCCGACCACCGGGCCCUAUCCCCAUCGAUUGGAUACUCUCCCAUUCGGGAAUUGAGGGAAAAAUUUGUGAAACCGUCAGCGUGAAUCGACGAUGUCCGACCUCCCCGCUCCUGUGAGAAUUGUCGCUGAGAGUGAAUUGGGUGAAACGGUGACCAGGAGGAGGACGGAGCUCAAGAAUCUGCGACGGAUGAUAAAAGAAAGCGGCGAGGCCGAUUUCCAACCACGGACGGAUGAAGCCUUUUUGUUGAGAUUUCUUCGGUGCAGAAAAUACGAUUCCGAGAGAGCGUACAAGGUUUUGAAGAACUAUUACCGGGUCCGCGCCAGUCAUCCGAACAUCUACGGAGAAUUCUAUCCAUCCGCCCAGAAAAACACCAUCGAUAGGAACCUUCAGACCAUCCUUCGAGGACGGGAUCGUCAAGGCUGCGCAGUCUUCAUUUUCAAAGGAGGCCUGUGGGACCCCAAGUCCACCAAGUCAGAGGACAUCUUCAAGUCAAACGUAUUAUUUCUGGAGCAAAGCAUCCAAGAUCCUGUCACUCAGGUCAACGGGAUCUGCGCGAUUAUGGACAUGAAGCACUUCGGACUCCUGCAAUUGAGACACAGUCCCCCUGCACACCUCCAGAAGGUCGUGCAGUUGAUCCAAGACUGCUUCCCCGCGCGAUUCAAGGCAAUUCACAUAAUUCAUGAGCCAACUGUUUUCAGCUUACUUUUCAGCAUCGUCAAAAGGUUCUUGAGCACCAAACUGCAUGAGAGAAUCCACUUCCACGGCCACGACUACUCGUCCUUGCACAAACACAUCCCCGCGUCCGUUCUCCCCGCCGAGUAUGGCGGUGAUCUUGGUCCCAUGGAUAAUAGCGAAUUCUUCAAAACUAUGCUCAGUCAAGAUGAACAAUUCAAAAACGAUAUGACAUUUGGCUACCGGAAGAAAAACGAAAGAGCUGAUAACAUUUUCGCAGAUUCAAGUUAAUCCGGUACCCUCGGAGAUGCUUUCGAUUUUGUAGAUAUAGUUAGGAAAUGCUAUGGAAUUGCACUGUGACGACGCCUGUAUCGUCGCCCAGAAACACGUACCCCCACGUGAAGAUGUGGGAUUCGAUCUUUUUAAUCUGCUUGCACUGGAUUCUUGUCGUGCACUCCAAACAACUCACGGCUUC